AUGGCUUCGGGACCAGGCCCUGGAGGCCAGCGAAUUAAACAAGAGCCAAGCCCAAUGCCUAUGCUCAAGCCAGACCCCGAUGCCAAACCUGAAGCCUCUGGGCCCGUAUCCGACGAUGAUAUAUACGAAGAUACUGGAGAUUUGGAUUUUUCUAAUUCAAUGCAAGAUGUUUGGUUGACCCGUAUACCGAAAAUGCUUUGGGAAAAUUGGUCAAGGCUCGAGGAUGACGAGGAAGUGCAAAUCGGCAGCAUCAGGGUGGAGGGCGGCCCUACGGACAUUAAACGUGUUAGCAUGCGCCUUGAUGACAUACCCCAAAUGAAAGGUGUUCCAAAAGAUUACAACCUGCGGCGACAAAAUGUCAAUCCUGAUAAGUCAGCCUAUGCGGUACAGAACACAUUCAUUUUCACCGAAAAGGACCUACCGGGAUAUCGGGACAGGACGCAUCUACUGUUUAAUGAGGCGCAGCCGCAUGGAAGAUCAUACCUAUAUGAGCAGACAAAAAGAGAGUCUAGGAAACGAAGCAAUCGCAAGAAAUGGGAGCCCUACACUCGGAAAACAAUACCAAAACAAACGGCAAUUGUCGGCAGCGUCCGUGACGAAUUUAACUGCCUUCCGGUAGAAAACGAGGAGUAUCAGAGAAUGGCUGAAGCUCGGGCACUUGACGUUCUUAAACCUAAGCGCGAAACAUUAUAUAUUGGCAAAGUCAGCGGUGAGAUGCUUAAACCUAAGACCGUUGCUGCCGCCGAUAAAUCUACUUUUAUUCAAGUUGCCAAACCUCCUAAAGUGCGCGCUCAAGAGAAUAAGACGGCGCGCAUGCCCCAAAACGAGCUUCUAGAUCUUAUCUAUGGCUGCUUCCGACGACAUAAAUACUGGCCAUUCAAAUCUCUCAAAGCAGAACUCAAGCAGCCCGAAGCUUACCUCAAGCAAACCUUGGAAAUGGUAGCCCAUCUUGUCAAAAGCGGGGAUUUUGCCAUGACAUGGGAACUUAAGCCAGAAGCCAGGGAAAGCAACUACGCAGACGCCUUAGCGUACAGAGAUGCUAAGGAGGAGCUCCCGCCUACAGCGGGUUACAAUUUCGACUCGGAAGGAGAGCCAACUGCUUCGGGUGUUGGUACUGAUAUGGACGAUGACGACGCGAAUGUUUCGUUUGAGAAUGUAGUAUAG